AUGAGCGUUGAAGAUUCCGCUGAAGUCGUAGUCCAGGUAAUGGAGGCAGAGAAGGCAAACGACGAACUAACACGAGAGCAAAAGGAGAAACGCGCCGCAGAACUGUUGGCCGCUGGUCGUCGUGCAUUGAAAGUCAGUGAUUAUGAAACAGCAACGGAAGCUCUAAGCGAAGCAUCGGAGAUGAUUGUAGAGCUGUAUGGAUCGGAUCAUGAAAAUACAUAUGAAUAUUAUUAUUACUACGGCAUGGCAACUUUGGAGCUGGGGAAGAUUCAAGGCCAAGUGUUCAAUGCUCCGAACGAAAAAGAAGAUAACGGAGAGGCUCAGAAUUCAGCAGCAGGAACUAUCACGAAUGAAAAAGGCGAGGGUGAUGGUGAGAACUCGGAGAAAGAAGAUGGUGAAGAAUCAGGAGAUGAGGAAGACGAUGACACAAUGAAACUUGCAUGGGAAGUUCUUGAGAACGCUCGUUGCAUCGCUAUGGCUAAAAUCGAAGCACUGAAGGCAGAAAGAAGCGGAGUAAGUGUUAUUGAAGAGUGGCAACUUAAGUUAGCUGAUGUCCUUGUCGUUCUCGGAGAUCAUAGUGUAUCGGAUGGGAAGUAUGAUCAAGCUCUUGAAGAUUUGGAACAGGCACUUGAGAUUCAGAAGAAUGUUCUCCCAUCAAACUCGAGAAAGAUUGCGCAAACCUACAUCCUCAUGGCAGAUGCAUGUACUUCUGGAAUGAACUAUGAUGAAGCUAUCAAUUACUUCGAAAAGACUAAGGAAACCCUGAAAAGCCGAUCGGAACAUUUAGAAAACAAAUUAAAAGAAGUCGGAGAUCAAGAACAGAAGCUGGAUAUGCAAGACGAACUGAAGGAUUUGGAGGAAAUGGUUCCUUUGAUUGAUGACAAAAUCGCUGAUUCUAAAUCGUCUGCGGAACAAAUGGAGAAGACUAAAGAAGCUAUCAAGGCUCAAUUCGAUGGAUUCGCCGCAUUAAUGUCUCAACUUCCACAGAGCUCUGAGCAAAAAGAGGCGAAUGAUAUCUCAAAUUUGGUUCGUCGCCCAGCUAAACGUCCCGUGGAAGAGACCGAGACCACGGCAGAAGAAAAGAAGAAGACCAAAGCCGAGGAAGAAGAAGGAACAUCGGAACUUUGA